GUUCAAACCCGCCUAAAAAGUCUACUGCCGGAUUCAGCAAUGGGUGCUUCAGCGCUGCCAAUUAUCAUUUUCUCUGCCAUCUUUGGCGUGGUUGGCAUUGUCCUGCCGAUUGUUGCUCCGAAGGGCCCGAACCGUGGAAUCGUCCAGUGUGUGCUGAUAUUGACGGCGGCGACAUGCUGGUUGUUCUGGCUGUGUUGCUACAUGGCCCAAAUGAACCCGCUGAUUGGACCGAAGCUGCACCAGAACACAAUUCUCAUUAUGGCACGUGAGUGGGGCAACCCGCUGCCAGACAUGGAAGGGUUCCAGCCAGAACACUCGGAUCACUAGAUCCUCCCCUGGUGUGCGUCCCAGCAGCUCAGCAACCGCAGCGUAUAACAACCUACUCGCUGAACAUUCCUCCAUCGUUGCAAAUAGCGCAUUGCAGAAGCGAUCAAAUUUCGUGAACAUCAUUUAAGAGACAUUGGAGGAACUAAGUGAGUCGUUUAAAAGAUGUGUUGCUCUCCAUCAAUCUGACCUACAGUCGCAAGGAUGGUUGGAUUGGAUUUAGCACAAGUAUUGUUCACUUCAUAUUUUGUUCAAUCAUUUCCCAAGCGAACGCGUUGUGUCGCUUUCGCUUGUCCGCAAACGCCCUGCAAUGUGUUGAUGUAAAGUUUUGUUUCGUUUCGUUUACAGUUUUUAUCUCUUCUGUCAUGAUUUACCCUAGCGAAAGAGAAUGUAUUAUACAAAUAAAGUAACCUAAAUUCCAACGAUACGUACGCUGGAUCCAUAAAA